AUGACAAAUAUACAAUCUAAAGGUGACUUGUUGAGAGAAUUGAAUUAUAAGCUUGUAACCAAGAUUGAUAAACUUAGGAAGGAGAAUGCAGAAAUACCUGAACUUAAAAAGAAAUGUGCUGAAAUUGAGGCUGAGAAUAUAAAAUUAAAGCAGAUUAUAGAAGAAAAUGCAAAUACCGAGCUGAAAGAUAGAGUCAUGAAAUUGGAACAGAUACAGACUCAAGUCACUAUUAAUGACCAAAAUGCAUCUUCUACAAAAAAUAAGAAAUCUAUUAUUACCGAUUCUACCCAACUUCAAAAAGGUAAGUCUAAAUAUUUAUUUGAAUCUCCAACAGAGCCUAUGACAUCCAUAACAUCUUCACAACAAGAUAUUGUUAAUGACGAUUUGGCUAGUACCCUUGAAUUUGUAGAAAUGAUACAUAAAGAAAAUGUUGCUAAUGAAAUAAGGCAAUGCAAUAGGGAAAAGAAACUUCAAUGUGAUAGCCAGGAUGAUGCAUUUCCAUUCACCCAAGAUUAUGACUCCAUAUCUCUGGAAUAUGUGACUGAAAUUUUGCUGACCUCAGGUCAGGAAAAAUCGAGCAUCUUCCAAAAUAUCGCCCACUUAUAUGAAAAAGCAUUACUUGACAAAAGUCUUGAUGAACUCAUGGUUAGGAAUAAAGUGAGUAUGAAAAAAGCUAAAGGUCAAGUUUAUGAUUUUAUUAUUGCACAAAAUCCUGGCAUUAGGGACGAAUCACUAUAUAAGAAAAUUGAAAGAGCUAAAAAAAUUUACAGGUUAUUUGAAAAAAUAGGUUUAGAUAAAGUAAAAUAUAUUAAGUCAUAUAGCACAAAUGCUAUUUCGAAAUUUACUAAUAAACAGAUUCAAAUGAUUAUUGAUCAUUUUACUAAAAAUUCUAUCAAAGAAUACAUCGAUGAUCAGGACAAUUCUUCAGAUGACUUACCCAAAACUGAUGUAGGUGAGAAAACUUUACCAAAAAUUGAGGUGAAUACACUAACCAUAUCUCAGCCCAAACUUCAAAUUUCAGCAGAAUUAGCACAGCCAAAAGCCUCCUAUGCCCCUUCAAAACUCUUCCUAUUUAAGAAAAAGCUAUCAAAAGAGAUGCAUAAUCCAGUUAUUAAUAAACUAACCUCACAUUUUACCAACUCACCAAAGUUAGAUAAAAAUCAUAGUAUUGAUACUGAAGAGCCAAAAAUUCUAUACAAUGAUGUACUAAAAGCAUAUUCUGGUAAUUUGAAACUGAUUCAAGAGUUAAAAACUCGAUGCUUCACAUUACCUAUCUCUUGGAAUCAUGUCCUUAUUUUACCAGAUAAAAGUAUAGUAGUGGAAGCAUAG